AUUUUGAACAUCUGGGAAUCAGGUAAAUUCAUUAAAGAAUAAAGGUAAGACGUACGUCCGGUUCACUGACAUUGAAAAUCCCUUGUUCAAAACUUCGUGUUUUCAUAUAGUAUGUUGGUAACAAUUCUGGUGAUUUGUGCUGAUGAAAAUGUCAUAAAAUGCCGCUAAUAAAAACACUAGUUGUUUGGUUUGGUUUGUAUCCGCUUUCGUUGACUGAGUUUGAGUAUGCUGUAAGAGGUGAUUAGCCAUUUUGCUUUUUGUGUAGAAGCCGGUCACCAGAAGUCUCGCAUCUACCUCUUAUUUAAGUGUCUUUCUCUUUUAAAAACCGCCGUUGCGUGUAUUUUUCAGUGUUGAUCAUAUUUAAGACUGAAUAAAGUAUUAAAAUAUGUCUACUCAAGCCACAAAGAGGAAGAGGAUUCCCUCGAAGAAGGCCGCUUCAAAGAAAGGUAAAAAGGCAGUAGACAUGGAUUCUGACCUUAGUGAUGAUGGUGGUAAUGAGAACAAUGUACAGCCUGACGAAGUUUUGAUUGCUGGGCACGGGGAUGCCCUAGAUGAAACUCCACUUCCGAAGGAACUCCUCAAUACUUUAAUUAAACCUGCUGGACAGUUAAUUUUCUUCGGGAACGUAAAUUGGGAUUUAAUGGGGAAGAGGGAAGUCAAAGGUCAGAAGGUUUUGCCGAAUUUAUAUUGGCCUCACAGAUUUACUGAUCUUAGGAUUCGUCUUGUUGUCAGUGGUUGUGUGGCAGGACAUACUGUCCUAGUUUCAGAAGAAGGUAAAGCUAUGACAUUUGGCAGAAAUCCCCAAGGUCAACUAGGUCUUGAUGACACCGCUUCUCGAACAAUUCCCACCUUAGUACCAGGACUAGAGAAUAUGAACAUCAUAGGUGCAGCUUGUGGUCGACAUCAUACCCUCUUUUUGACAGAUGCAGGCAGUGUUUAUGCCUGUGGAGACAACAAAUCGGGACAGUGUGGAGUAGGCAAUCUGCAACCACAGAUACUGGUACCCACAAGAAUAAAUUACAGAGGACCACCUAUUAUUAAGCUGGGAGCCGGAGCAGAUUUUUCCGUCAUUCUCGAUAUCAAGGGUGGUCUUCAUUCCUUCGGCUUGCCCGAAUUUGGUCAGCUGGGACACAACACCGACGGUAAAUAUUUCAAGACUAGCACAAAGUUGUGUUUCAACUACCAAACCAGUCCAAAACGAAUUGUUCUCUAUAUCGAAAAAUCCAAAGAUGGUCACGUGUCGCCUGUAGAUGUUACCGAAAUCGUCGAUUUUUGUUGUGGUCAGAACCACACCGUGGCUAUUGACAGCAAGAAGAGGGCGUUUUCGUGGGGUUUCGGUGGAUUCGGAAGGUUGGGGCAUGCAGAGCAGAAAGAUGAGAUGGUUCCGCGCCUCAUAAAAUACUUUGAUAGUCAAUCACGAGGCGUCAGAUCGGUUCACUGCGGCUCGACUUACUCGCUGGCCGUUACAGAAUUUAACGGUCUGUACAUGUUUGGUCAGACCAAAAAGACCGGAGAAGCGAACAUGUACCCCAAACCCAUCCAAGAUCUCGCCGGCUGGAACAUAAAACACAUCGCGACCGGUUUGACGUCUAUCAUCGUCGCGGCCGACGAAAGCGUUAUUGCUUGGGGAGCUUCACCUUGUUAUGGAGAGCUGGGCCUGGGUGAUAUGCAGAAAACUAGCACUACACCAAAAGAGGUAAACAAACUCUCCGGAGUAAAGGUCAUAAGCCUUGCUAUGGGUCUCUGUUUCACAAUUUUGGUAGCCGCCAACGAAACUCCUGAGCAAAAGCAAAAACUGGAAAACCUCAAAGAAUAUAUACCCUAGGUGGGAGCAUUCUCCACUAAGACACUUAGUUUUUAAGCUAUUCCAUGUAUUUGUGUCACUAAAAUAUGAUCGUUAUAGGAUUGACAGCUUCACACACACUUUUAACCUGUAAUUUGAAGUGAGAAAAAAAAUUAAAUGUGAUAGGAGAUUAAUAGUUCUUGUGUCGGUUGUCAUAUUUCGGGUCAAACAAAAGUCAAUUUACUGGUACUAAUAUUUAUUGAAUCAGACUUGCUAUUUGUAACCAAAAAAGUUGUAUUUUUAUAUUUUUUCCGACGUUGAUUAUUUUAGAAUGUUGUUGAGUGUACAGUUUUUUAAGAGUUGAUUGUUGAUUAAAAGUGUCUUAAUAUUUUUUAACCCUAUUUGAGGUAAGAGAAUCAAGGCUGAGUUUUUUCUCACUUCGAUUCAACGUCAUAAUGUUGCCGAGCUGUCAAAUUUGAAGUAAAAUGAGAUUUUCAGAAUGUAUCUGAAGAUUUUUAUUUAGAAGUAAAACUUGGUGGCGAAUCUUUUUGCGUAAUAAUCGAUAUGUUGUUGGUAGAUUUGGGUUUUUCGGCAAAAACUUGACUCUAAUAUUUGUAUAUAUAAAAUGCAGAUCUGGAGCUGGUUGAAACCUCUGUUAGAAUUUUAUUGAAAUUUUUCAUUUUAAAUAUUAAGGUUAUUUUUUUGUGUGGAAUACAUGUCUACCUCGUAUACGAACAUAUAAUUUAUUUUUUGUAUCAUACGUAUUUUUUUUUUUUUUUUCUAAUAUAUACAUUUACAUUGAA